UGAGUUUGACAGAUGAUUUUGCUUUGCUUCGGGGCAGACAUCCGACAGUUUGACAAGAUUAUAGCUUAUACGCGCAUGUGUAUGUCUGUAAUCAUAAGUUAUUCAAUCUGAAAGAAAUUGAUGUUAAUCAUAUUAUGACUCGACAGGAAGUUUAAGGAGGAGAAAUAAUACCGCAGUUUUGAUAAUUUCUUACCGAUCGCUGCGUGUGAGGAUACUUCUGCUCUUCUUGUUGGAAUCCAUAAAUAAAUCAUCAACAGCAUCUCGCAAUUUGAAUAUUUUCCAUCUUUCAGUAUUCAUAUAUAAACAGUCGUGUCGGAUAUCACUAGGAUUCAUCUAUUGCAAGAAUAUCACAUAGUUCUUGCUCAUGCGCAACAGUGAGAGAAGUUUGAAUAUAAAAGGACAUUGCGAUAUUGGAUGACUUGGAUAUUCGUAGGUGAGGCAGGAUGUGGGAAGGAGAACUGAGUGACGUUAUUCUACCUACGGUAUCGACAAUGAUCAUUUUCGUUAUGACAAUAAACAUUGUCAGAUACUUGAUGGCUGAGCCGCACAUCCACAUUAGAGAUGCGACUAAAUCACAUUCGUGGAAACCAAUCAAGAGAAUAUCCAGGGCACAUUUCUGCAGCAUAUGCGAAUCACUGCUCAUCAACGUCGAUGGUCUUUAUUGCGACUCGUGUGGAGUCUGUGCCGAUCGAGGCUGUUUCAAACUCGCGGAUAAACAGCUGAAAUGUAAAGACAUAACGCUAGUUAGUGACCAACCAAUGAAACAUCAUUGGGUCAAAGGUAACUUGCCAGUAACUGCGAUGUGUGAUGUUUGUGAUGAAGAAUGUGAAACUGAACCAGGGCUAUUGGAUUGGUGGUGUUGUUGGUGUCAACGAUGCGUUCAUGAUCUCUGUAAAUCUAAUUUACCAGAGGUAUGUGACUUUGGGAAAUUCAAGCUGAUGAUAGUGCCGCCGGGAAGUUUGGAAGUAGUCAACACCCGCAGCAAGAUGCGCCGUCGACUUCAACUCCGUAAAAUAAUACCUCCACUGUGGCCAAACUGGAAUCCCAUAAUUAUUGUUGCCAAUAGAAAAUCGGGUAAUAACGACGGGGCUGCAAUAUUGUCACUAUUUCGAAGGCUCGUAAACCCAGCGCAAGUUGUUGACCUCGCUGAUCGAGAUCCUGUCGCAGUGCUUGAAUGGUGCCGUUUGCUCGGAGAUGUUUCGUGCAACAUUCUUGUCGCUGGUGGUGAUGGGACUGUGGCCUGGCUUCUCAACACGAUUCAUAAACUACAACUAAAGCCGAUUCCAUCUGUGGCAAUACUACCUCUGGGAACAGGUAAUGACUUGUCUCGUGUUCUGGGAUGGGGAAAAGAGCAUGAUUCGGAUCUAGAUCCAGCAGCCACCUUGCAGCAGAUACAAGUCGCCCAGAAGGUGGAUCUUGACAGAUGGCAGGUAUCAGUAAAACCAUUCAGAGGUCUUGGAUUCAGGGGUUCGAGCAAAGAUUCUUUCAUGUACAACUAUAUAAGUAUUGGUGUAGAUGCACAGGUCACAUUGAGUUUUCAUCGGGCCAGAGAAAGUUGUUUCUAUUUAUUCAGUCACAGAAUAUUUAACAAGCUUCUCUAUCUGGGCUUUGGGACACAGCAAGUUGUCGAGAGAGAAUGCAGAGAUUUGGACAAAAAAAUUGAACUUUACUUGGAUGGAAACAAAGUAGAACUACCAUCAAUUGAAAGUAUUGUCGUUCUUAACAUACCUUCUUGGGGUGCCGGUGUUGAUCUCUGGAAUAUGAUUCCUCAAGGAGUUGAUGGUGUUCAAGAGCAAAGCAUAAAUGACGGAAAGUUAGAAGUUGUUGCGAUAUAUUCUUCAUUUCAUAUGGCCCAACUCCAAGUGGGUCUGUCUCAGCCUCAUCAUCUGGGGCAGGCAUCAAAUAUUAAGAUAAAAUUGCUUGGUUCAUGCGCAGUACAAAUAGAUGGAGAACCUUGGUAUCAGCAUCCUUGUGAAUUUAACAUUUCGUACUGCAAUCGGGCAUCGAUGUUGAAAAGUAACUACAACUAAUUCACAUUGCCUGUAUUAAUGCUUGUGCAAUUGACUUAUUUUUAAUUGUGUAUUAACAAACGGUUUCAAUGGACAAAAGCAGAUUUUGUAGUACUAUUCUUAGUUUCAAUCAAGAAGAAAACUCUAGUCACAUUAUAGAACACAUCACGUACAUACAAUAGUUAUUUUUUUAAAGCGUUGCUAUCUUUUGUCUGCAAUUAAAAAACUAUUCUAUUCAUUCUCGCUCUUUGGGCAUUAAUCGAAAUAUGCCUGAAAAUAUUCAUGCGUAUAUUUAGGAUUACGAUUAUACUUAAACUGGAGUGUCCCGGUGACCUUUAUGAGUCAGUCAAUACCACAAUGUCAAACAAUUUGUCUCUCUCAACUCGGAUUACUUUCGAUUUCGUGAUUUGGUAGAUUCUCAUUAAAACAACUUAAAAACUAUGUGGUGCUGACAGUUUAAUUUGUUGAUUUUAAGUAUGAACCAGACAAGUACUGUGAAUAAUUGAUGUACCUAUUUUUAGAUGUGUAUUUUAAUAAUUAAGGAUUUAUAUGGGCUUGGAAUUGAUUCGGUUUAUCGAUAUUUGCAUUUCCGUCUUCUUAUCUCAAACGUUCCUAAGAUAGCCAAAAUCUCAUAAAGACUAGAAUCUCUGUAAAAGUAAUUUGGAUAUAUUUUAUUAUCUUUACUUUUUCUUUCAAAGCAAUCUCAUUUAAGUCAUUAGUUAUCACCUUAUAUAACUUUCGUCAUUCCGUUCCGGAGUCUACCAUUGUCUAAUUAUCAAAUGUGGUCUCAAAAAAUUAAAUGGGCGUUUAUUAUUCCGUAAAAAGACCUGAUCUGAUUGUUAAUAGUAAGUAAUGCAGCGAGGUUGUAUUUGAUAUUUCUCAAUACACAUGAAAGGUCAUUUUUUGAGCAGGACUGAAAAAUGGUUACUUAAAUUUUUUCACAUGUUCAGUGUAUCAAAUUUUCACGAUUCUUUAUAUGUGAUGUAAAGAUUCAGUAUCACUUGACUCCAAUCUUGAUGAUACAAAAAUUGCAAUGAAUCUUGAAUUUUUACGUAAAACAUGUUGAAAAGCUAUAAGUUUUAAAUAUACCUACAUACAUAUAUGGAAUAUAAUAUAAUUUCAUGUCACUUAAGCGGGAAAACAUUGAUUGCAACCUAUUCUCGAACGGAUAAUGUAGCAUGAUCUAUAUAUGUAUACGUAGGUACAAAAAACUAUUCUUUUGUCAAUGAAACGUAAAAAAUUCGCUGAAUAAAUAUGAUUUUAUCAUAUAUAAUGUAGUCAAUACCCAAGUUUAUUACAAUAUCGUCAAAGACGGCAUUUUUAAUUAUAUUUUGUGAGUAGCCGAUAGUUCACUUCUCAUGAUUACUUUCUACACUAGACCUGCAGUGUUGGAAUAAUAAUAAUUAUUUAUUUAAUUUCUUCAAAUAUACAUUCGUCCGUAUAAUGUAUUGAUAAACUCAAUGAUCGAUUAUAACUAUGCAUUUAGGUAUGUACAUGUAUGUAUGUACAAUAGUCCGGUGGGUAUUGAUAUGCUUUACGAAUAAUACGAAACAAGUAAAAUGCAGUGUUUAACAAUAACUUACUGGUUUCUUUUUUUCUUGUCUAUAGACAUGUUGUUACUCUGCAACACCUUGCUGGUUAAAUAAUAGUAUGAUAAUCAGUGUGCAAAGUGUAUAAAAAACUGGAAAAAAUAA